CAUCAGCAAGCACUCCAGUCUUCUCAACUCCAGGUACUACUUCUUUUACGGACUAUCAGAACUCCUCACUUCAAAUAUACUCCUGAAUCACUUCCUUCAGUGCGUUGCGAGACACAUUCCUGCCUCUCAACCUUCUUCAACAUAAUCCGUCGCUACUUCAACAAGUCAGCAGAGAGAACCCUCCGAACGGUUCAACCUACAUCAGUCUUUCACGGUGUGCACCAUUUUUCUCUACCAAAGGGUACUAGCUCAGACUAUAUCCACACCCUCGACGAUCUUCCUCACGCCGGACCCAGCGAAGCUGGUCACCCAGCUAAACUCCACCCUUGGCAUCAAGAAACUCCCUCUGUACGUACCGGCACACAUCGACGAUCUCACAAUGGCCAGCGGCGAUCGAGUUCCUGAGGGCAUGUGGUUCUGUUGUUCCUGUAAAAACCCAAAUAUCAAGGCCUUGACUUCAACCAAAUGCUCAAAUUGCACCCACGAAAAGGAUGCUUCUUGUGCGGAUGAAGGUGACAAGAAGCCUCUACCCACGGGCGUCUCCUCCGUCCCGAUUUUUGACUAUUAUCAGUCUGCAUCCAAACCCGGAUUCUCAAUGAAUGCGCCAGGUCUCUCAUAUGCCCUGUCCCACCCACCCCAGGUCCACUGCAACUACGCUCGCCAAUUUAAAGACAGCACAUCGAUUCUGGAAACGAUUGUCCCAAACUUUCCAGAUGCCUGGACAUGUCCAGGCUGUGGUGCCUCGAACUCGGGUCUUACCCCGAACUUUUGCCCGGUCUGCGAUUGGAAGGCAGAAGAACCCAGCACGUUGGCGCGGGAUUCUCACGAUGGAGUUCCUAUCAAUAGCAUUCCUGAAACCCCAAACGACGUCUGGGUCUGCUCAAGCUGCAGCGCUGUGAACUGCGAUUGGUUGGAUUUCUGCCCUAUCUGCGGUACCUCAAAAUAA